GAGGACUGGCCAGUCCCGGCUCCGUGGGGCGGGACCUAGAGGUUCAUCGCGCCUGCGCAAAGGGCCCGACGGCCUGCUGCGUCGUUACUUUUGAAACGGGUGGCGGGGAAGUGCUGUGGAAGUCCCUACUGUCGCUGUUUGCUGGGUGGAAGAGAGCGCCUUCGUCUGUAAACUUGGCAAUGGCGCUGCAGCUCUCCCGGGAGCAAGGCAUCACACUGCGCGGGAGCGCCGAAAUCGUGGCUGAGUUCUUCUCAUUUGGUAUCAACAGCAUUUUAUACCAGCGUGGCAUAUACCCAUCUGAAACCUUCACUAGAGUGCAGAAAUAUGGACUCACCUUGCUUGUAACCACUGAUCCUGAGCUCAUAAAAUACCUAAAUAAUGUGGUGGAACAACUAAAAGAUUGGUUAUACAAGUGUUCAGUUCAGAAACUGGUGGUAGUCAUCUCAAAUAUUGAGAGUGGUGAGGUCCUUGAAAGGUGGCAAUUCGAUAUUGAGUGUGACAAGACUGCAAAGGAUGACAGUGCACCCAGAGAAAAGUCUCAGAAAGCUAUCCAAGAUGAAAUCCGUUCAGUGAUCAGACAGAUCACAGCUACAGUGACAUUUCUGCCACUGUUGGAAGUUUCUUGUUCAUUUGAUCUACUGAUUUACACAGACAAAGAUUUGGUUGUACCUGAAAAAUGGGAAGAGUCAGGACCACAGUUUAUUACCAAUUCUGAGGAAGUCCGUCUUCGUUCAUUUACUACUACGAUCCACAAAGUAAAUAGCACAGUGGCCUACAAAAUUCCUGUCAAUGACUGAGGGUGAGAUAAGGCCGGUGAUGUACUUGUCAUGCUCAGAUGUGGUUUUCCUGGAACCGAGUCAACUGUAGUUGAUACGUUUUGUUUCACUGCUUAAUUUUUAGAUGGGGAAAACUUAACAUUAUACUUCUGUUGAACUGUG